UCAAGGGUGCAGAGAUUCAUGAUUUACUGGGCCUCGCUUCGGCUAUAUAAACCUGUAUCGUCGCCGGCAGAAAUUGCUUCUUCAUCAACAGCAUCACACUCUCGCUUCAAACAACCUUCUCUUCUCCAAACCACAGUCUUCAAAAAAAUCGGAGCUUUUAGCCUCGCAAAACCCUUCCAACAGUCAAAAUGAAGUUCUCUCUGACCGCCGCUGUCCUCGCCCUCGCGACCGCCGUCGUCGCCCUUCCUCAGGAUGCCACCAACUCUGGCAACAACAUCCGCUUCCCUGUCAAGAAGGAUGUGACCGUCCAGCAGGCCCAGACCAAGUGUGGUGACCAGGCCACCCUCUCCUGCUGCAACAAGGCCACCUACUCUGGUGACACCACCAACGCCGACUCUGGUAUCCUCGGCGGUGCCCUCUCCGGCCUCAUCAGCGGUGGCUCCGGUGCUGGUCUCGGUCUCUUCGACCAGUGCAGCAAGCUGCCCCUCGACAUCAACGUUAUUGGUGUCGGUCUCAACGACCUGGUCAACCAGCAGUGCAAGCAGAACAUUGCAUGCUGCCAGAACUCUCCCUCCGACGCCACUGGUGUCGUUGGUGUUGGCCUUCCUUGCGUUGCUCUCGGCUCCAUCAUCUAAGCGACUCGCAUGUUGCUCGCCCCGUCAAUCGUUCAAGCAACAUUCAGCAUAUUCAACUAUUUCCGAGCUUAAUUCCACCUGGUGCGACGGGCAUGCUUGAGAGAGAAGGGUUCCAAAGUAAUAAGGAGGAUACUGCGCAUAAUUGGUCAUAUUGAAUAAUCUAUAGCUUCAUAUGUACUGCUGUGACAGCCUCCGAUGAAGACUGUUUUGGUUUAGCUUUCAAUUUAUUUACAUUUUCAUUUAUACUCUGCCUUUACAUGAUAGUAUCUGGUCCUGAAUACUUGUAGUUCUUCCUGAUCAAUUCCAACUGGGAUUGGUAUUGUAGACUCUUUUUGGUACUCUGGCAGCUUCAAUAUCCACUUUCCCUUCUACCCGUAGACCCACAACCGGAAAUUAUCUACUCUUCCAAUCUAUUCUAAUAACAG